GAAAAUGGGGUGGUGAUGACAACGGCAGAUCUGUCGCCACUUGUCAAUCAACCAGUUCACCUCACGGUGCUCGAGGAGACGCCCAAUUCAACGGCCACGCAUCACUUGCAGCUUUUUGUGAUGGACCGAAAGGAUAUGUUGAGGUUCCCAGGAGCAACUUUAGACACCGUGGGCGAGGUUAUGGAGAAUCAACCAGCAGGCGUACCUGUGCAGGGAAUCCCUCAUCUACAGGCCAAUUCCGCCAGCGGCAGCAGAUCCAUCAGCUAUCAUAUUAUUUCGGGCAAUGACGAGGGCGCAUUUGCCCUUAAGGAUCUGACAACGGAAAAGGUUGGCAACAUGAUAUCCAUUGGUGAGGGUGAGAAAACCGAUGGGGUGAUCUUGGUGACGACAAAAUCUCUGGACAGGGAAGAGAAGAAAGACUACACGCUGACCAUUGAAGCUGCAGAUUCGGAGGGUAUUAACAAGGCUAUUGCCAAGAUUGCCGUCACUAUUCUGGAUGUCAAUGACAACCGACCCGUGUUCACGCGCCCCGAAUACAAAUUCUCAAUGGCUGGUGUAAAGAGCAAUGAUCUCCAUGGGAAUUCCUCAGUUUCCUGGCCAAGAUUCAGUCGAUUGGGACAUGUUGAAGCGAAAGACGAUGAUGGAGACAAAGUAGCUUAUAAGCUCCUCACGCCCAGCAAUUACGUUAUCAUAGUGCCACAGACUGGAGAACUCCUCUUGGCCAAUGAGCCUGAUAUGCAGGAGAUUCUUGUGGAGGUGGAAGCUCAUGAUCUGCGCUCUCCUAGUCUGUCAAGCGCCAAACCGGCACGAGUUCUCAUAGAAUUUGUUGCUCCUGAGCCCAUACCCAUGAUUGUGCAGCAUCUCAAUCAUGACGCCAUCAAUCAGCACUCGCAUCGUCGUGAUAAGCGUCGUGUCACGCGAGCAGUGCGUCCAACAAAGCGAAUUGAAUUUACGGAGUCCGAUGGGGAUGUCGAUGGGAAGAUUGUGUUCCAGCUAGAGAAGGAGACGGACAGGGAGACGUUUAAGAUUCGCGAUGAGAACAUUUGGGUGGGCGUCGAGGCGAAUGGAGCGGUGAGAGUGAGGAAGAAGUGGGACUACGAAGAGUUGGGACCCGAGAAGACCAUCGAUUUCUGGGUGAUCAUCACAAAUUCCGGACACAAUGCUGGUCUCAAAUACACUGACAAUCAGCGAGUUAUAAUUCACGUCAAAGAUGUAAAUGAUGAACCACCGUAUUUUAUAAAUCGACCACUGCCGAUGCAGGCUGUCGUUCAACUGAAUGCGCCGCCAAACACUCCCGUGUUUACACUGCAGGCAAGGGAUCCGGACACUGACCACAACAUUCACUAUUUCAUCGUGCGAGACAGAACUGGAGGAAGAUUCGAGGUGGACGAGAGGUCAGGUGUGGUGAGAACCCGCGGUACGGACCUCUUUCAGCUUGACAUGGAGUACGUGCUGUACGUGAAGGCUGAAGAUCAGAACGGCAAAGUGGAUGAGAGGCGCUUCCAGAGCACUCCAGAGGAGCGCUUGUCGAUUGUUGGCGGCAAGAGGGCUCCGCAGUUCUACAUGCCGAGCUAUGAGGCGGAAAUUCCUGAGAAUCAGAAGAAGGAUUCAGACAUAAUUUCCGUGAAGGCGAAAUCCUUUGCCGACAGAGAAAUCCGAUAUACGCUGAAAGCUCAGGGCCAAGGCGCGGGCACUUUCAACAUUGGACCGACGUCUGGCAUCGUGAAGCUGGCCAAAGAGUUGGAUUUUGAGGAUUUACGCCAACCGCACGUGUACUCACUCGUUGUGACAGCCACUGAAGAUUCUGGUGGAUUUUCCACAUCAGUUGAGCUAACGAUUCGUGUCACUGAUGUCAACGACAAUGCCCCAAAGUUUGAGCUGCCUGAUUACCAAGCUCACAAUGUGGAUGAAGACAUACCACUUGGCACAAGCAUUCUCAAAGUGAAGGCGAUGGAUGCAGAUUCUGGGGCCAAUGCGGAGAUUGAAUACCUCGUGUCGGAUGAUCACUUUGCCGUGGACUCCAAUGGAAUUAUCGUGAACAACAAGCAACUGGAUGCUGACAACAACAAUGCAUACUACGAGUUUGUCGUUACGGCUAAGGACAAGGGAGAGCCAUCGAAGACAGGAACGGCCACAGUUCGCGUGUACACGAAAAACAAGAAUGACGAGGAGCCCAAGUUUUCUCAGCAAGUUUAUACACCGAAUGUGGAUGAAAAUGCUGGGCCGAACACACUUGUAACGACGGUUGUUGCUUCUGACAAGGACGGUGACAACGUGCGGUUUGGUUUUGUGGGCGGUGGCACAACCAGCGGACAGUUCGUGAUUGAGGAGAUCACGGGUGUGAUUCGUCUUCACAGCAAGAUGAUAACUCUCGAUCGCGACAAGUAUGAAUUGAAUGUGACCGCCAUGGAUGAUGGAUCUUGCUGUGUCAAUGGUGAUGCAACAAUCCACACGUCAACAGCUGUCGUUGUUGUGUUCAUCACGGACGUGAAUGACAACAAACCUGUGUUUAAGGACUGCGGCACAUACUAUCCGAAAGUCGAGGAGGGAGCACCGAAUGGGAGUCCUGUGAUCAAGGUCCAGGCAACAGAUGAGGACAAGGGCGUCAAUGGGCAAGUGAAGUACUCAAUCGUUCAGCAGCCCAAUCAGAAGGGUACAAAGUUCACAGUGGACGAGGAGACUGGCGAGGUGUCGACGAACAAAGUCUUCGACCGCGAAGGUGAUGAUGGAAAAUUCGUGUCUGUGACGGUGAAGGCAACGGAUCAGGGGGAGCCGAGUCUGGAGGGUGUUUGCUCCUUCACAGUGGAAAUAACUGAUGUCAACGACAAUCCGCCACUCUUCGAUAGACAGAAAUACGUGGAGAAUGUCAAACAAGAUGCGAGCAUCGGAACGAACAUAUUGAGAGUUUCCGCCUCUGAUGAGGAUGCUGACAACAAUGGUGCCAUCAUUUACAGCCUCAGUGCGCCGUACAAUCCCCAAGAUUUGGACUAUUUCGAAAUACAGCCAGAAUCUGGCUGGAUUGUCCUCAAAAAGCCACUAGACCGAGAUAGAUACCGACUGAGGGUUCGUGCCUCUGAUAAAGGGGAACCACCUUCGUACGCUGAUGUCGACGUUGAAUUAGAUGUGGUCGACAGAAAUAAUAAACCGCCAAUUUGGGAUAAGAGUAUUUACGGCCCCAUACACAUUAAAGAAAAUGUCACUGUUGGUACGGUUGUAACAUCAGUUAAAGCAAGCUCUGGCAUAGAGGGAAAUCCGACUGUCUUCUAUCGACUUAUGCCAGGCUCAACAGCGCAAACCAACAAGUAUCACACGUUUUACUUACAACAAAGACCGGACAAUGGCGACACAUGGGCGGAUAUAAAAGUCAAUCAUCCCUUGGACUAUGAGAGCAUCAAGGAGUACAAUCUCACCAUACGUGUCGAGAACAAUGGUGCGCAACAGCUUGCAUCCGAGGCCACAGUUUAUAUUAUGUUAGAAGAUGUUAACGACGAAAUCCCAUUGUUCACGGAACGAGAGCAGGAAACUGUGCUUGAGGGAGAACCAAUCGGAACUAAAGUGACUCAAGUGAAUGCCAUUGACAAGGAUGGAACUUUUCCAAAUAAUCAGGUUUACUACUACAUAGUGGAUUCGCCGAGGAAUGAGGGCAAGGAGUUCUUCGAGAUAAACCUUCAGAGUGGUGAAAUUUUCACAAAAGUAGUGUUCGAUCGGGAGAAGCAGGGCGCCUAUGCGCUGGAAGUGGAGGCGAGAGAUGGUGCACCGUCGGCGCGUCCCAACAGCAAUGGACAACCAAAUUCAGUGACAAAGUUUAUUCGGAUUGGAAUUGCUGAUAAGAACGACAACCCACCAUACUUCGAUAAAGCCCUCUACGAGGCUGAAGUGGAUGAAAAUGAAGACAUUCAGCACACCGUUCUUACUGUCACCGCCAAAGAUCACGAUGAAUCCUCGCGUAUUCGAUACGAGAUCACAAGCGGUAACAUAGGAGGAGCCUUUGCUGUUAAGAACAUGACGGGUGCCAUUUACGUGGCUGGUGCUCUGGACUAUGAAACACGGAAACGGUAUGAGCUACGUUUAGCGGCGUCGGACAAUUUGAAGGAGAACUACACAACAGUCGUAAUCCAUGUCAAGGAUGUCAAUGAUAAUCCACCCGUUUUCGAGCGGCCCACUUACAGGACCCAAAUAACCGAAGAGGAUGACCGCAAUUUACCAAAACGAGUCCUACAGGUGACAGCCACAGAUGGUGACAAGGAUCGUCCGCAAAAUAUAGUGUACUUCCUCACUGGACAAGGCAUCGAUCCCGACAAUCCGGCCAACAGCAAAUUCGACAUCAAUCGCACAACAGGAGAAAUUUUCGUGCUCAAGCCAUUGGAUCGAGAUCAGCCAAACGGACGACCCCAGUGGCGCUUCACGGUGUUUGCUCAGGACGAGGGUGGCGAAGGUCUCGUGGGAUAUGCUGAUGUGCAGGUGAACUUGAAGGACAUCAACGACAACGCACCCAUUUUCCCGCAGGGCGUAUACUUCGGCAACGUGACGGAGAAUGGCACUGCUGGCAUGGUGGUGAUGACAAUGACGGCAGUGGAUUACGAUGAUCCCAAUGAGGGUACAAAUGCUAAGCUGGUGUAUUCAAUAGAGAAGAAUGUCAUAGAGGAGGAGACGGGCUCGCCCAUAUUUGAAAUCGAGCCCGACACGGGAGUGAUAAAGACGGCAGUUUGCUGCUUAGAUCGCGAACGCACACCUGAUUAUUCCAUACAAGUGGUUGCAAUGGAUGGCGGGGGGUUAAAAGGAACGGGAACGGCAUCGAUAAGAGUAAAAGACAUAAACGAUAUGCCGCCUCAAUUUACCAAAGACGAAUGGUUUACAGAAGUUGACGAAACGGACGGAUCGAAUCUGCCUGAGAUGCCUAUUCUCACCGUCACUGUGCAUGACGAGGAUGAGACCAACAAGUUCCAAUACAAAGUUAUUGACAACAGUGGUUAUGGGGCAGAUAAGUUCACGAUGGUGCGCAAUAAUGACGGCACGGGAAGUCUGAAGAUCGUGCAACCACUCGAUUAUGAGGAUCAGUUGCAGAGCAAUGGAUUCCGCUUCCGGAUUCAGGUGAACGACAAGGGCGAAGACAACGACAAUGACAAGUACCAUGUGGCCUAUUCUUGGGUUGUGGUCAAAUUGCGCGACAUAAACGACAACAAACCCCAGUUUGAGCGGCCGAAUAUUGAAGCAAUAGUGUAUGAGAAUGCGGAAGUUGGCACCACCCUUGAAACAUUCAAGGCAGUUGAUCCAGAUCAAGGAGGCAAAGGGAAGAUAUCUUUCGCCAUUGAUCGCUCUUCAGAUCGCCAGAGGCAGUUCAACAUUGAUCAGAGCGGACAAGUGACCAUUCAGAGGAAACUCGAUCGUGAGAACAUUCCUAGACACCAAGUUAAGAUUCUGGCGAUUGAUGAUGGCGUUCCGCCGAAAACAGCAACGGCAACUCUGACAGUUAUCGUGCAAGAUAUUAAUGACAAUGCUCCAAAGUUCCUGAAGGACUAUCGACCUGUCUUGCCCGAACAUGUCCCGCCGCGAAAAGUGGUUGAAAUCCUGGCAACAGACGACGAUGAUCGCUCGAAGAGCAACGGACCACCUUUCCAGUUCCGACUUGACCCAGGAGCAGAUGACAUAAUUAGAGCCUCCUUCAAGGUGGAGCAAGAUCAAAAGGGUGCCAACGGCGAUGGUAUGGCCAUUGUUUCAUCUCUGAGAUCGUUCGAUAGGGAGCAGCAAAAGGAAUACCUCAUUCCGAUUGUGAUCAAGGAUCACGGAAAUCCCGCAAUGACGGGAACCAGUACCCUGACGGUGAUCAUAGGGGACGUUAACGACAACAAAAUGCAGCCAGGAUCGAAGGAUAUCUUUGUGUACAACUAUCAAGGACAGGCUCCAGACACGCAAAUAGGAAGAGUCUAUGUUUACGAUCUCGAUGACUGGGACUUGCCGGAUAAGAAGUUCUAUUGGGAAGGUACUGAGCAUCCUCGCUUCAAGCUAGACGAGGAUUCUGGCAUGAUUACCAUGCGUCAAGGCACUCGGGAUGGAAAGUAUCAUCUGCGGUUCAAGGUUUAUGACAGGAAGCAUACACAGAACGACGUUCCUGCUAAUGUUACUGUCACGGUGAAAGAGAUACCCCAUGACGCGGUGAUAAAUUCUGGAUCGAUAAGGAUAGCCGGAAUAACGGAUGAGGACUUUAUAAGGGUGUGGAACUACAGAACUCAGAGCUUGUCGAGGAGCAAACUCGAUCGAUUCCGUGACAAACUUUCAGACUUGCUCAACACCGAUCGGGAGAAUGUGGACAUUUUCAGUGUUCAGCUGCGGCGAAAGCAUCCUCCACUAACAGAUAUCCGCUUUUCAGCUCAUGGUUCUCCGUACUACAAGCCAGUCAGGCUUAAUGGAAUAGUCUUGAUGCACAGGGAGGAGAUUGAGCGCGACGUGGGAAUCAACAUCACAAUGGUUGGCAUUGAUGAGUGUCUGUAUGAGAAUCAAAUGUGUGAAGGCUCGUGUACAAAUAAUCUCGAUAUAAGUGCUCUGCCGUACAUGGUGAAUGCCAAUAAGACUGCCUUAGUGGGAGUGAGAGUAGAUGUCCAGGCUGAGUGCACAUGUGGCGAUAGAAAUUUCACCAAGUCGGAAUCGUGUCGCUCAAGUCCAUGCUACAAUGGCGGACGCUGUAUGGAGUCUAGAUUUGGGUUGACUUGCACUUGUCCAACUGGAUACACUGGCCCAAGAUGCCAGCAGACCACGCGGAGCUUCCGAGGCAAUGGAUGGGCCUGGUAUCCUCCACUGGCAAUGUGCGACAACUCCCACUUGAGUCUUGAGUUCAUAACCCGCAAAUCUGAUGGUCUUCUCAUCUACAACGGACCCAUAGUGCCGCCCGAGAGGGACGAAGAGCUGAUAUCGGAUUUCAUUGCGCUAGAAAUAGAGCGAGGUUUCCCGCGGUUACUGAUAGACUUCGGCUCAGGCACACUUGAGCUCAAGGUGAAGACAAAGAAGAGUCUCGAUGAUGGCGAGUGGCAUAGGAUAGACUUGUUCUGGGACACGGAGAAUGUUCGAAUGGUGAUUGACUACUGUAAAUCAGCCGAAGUGGCUGAAAUGGAGGACGGAUCGCCACCAGAGUUUGAUGAUUCUUCUUGCCAGGCCAGAGGGACAAUUCCUCCCUUCAAUGAGUACCUCAACGUGAAUGCACCACUGCAAGUUGGUGGCCUGUAUCGAGAGCCCUUUGAUGCUAGUCUAUACCACUGGCAUUACAUGCCUGUGGGCAAGGGCUUCGAUGGAUGCAUUAGGAACUUGGUUCAUAACAGCAAACUCUACGAUUUUGCGCAUCCAGGCUUGUCUAGAAACAGCCUCACGGGAUGUCCUCAGACCGAGGAAGUGUGCAGCCAGAGUGAGCAGACGAGCCGCUGUUGGGAGCAUGGCAAUUGUGUGGGCAGCUUCAGCGAAGCCAGAUGUCAGUGUCGACCUGGAUGGACUGGACCAGCGUGCAAUGUGCCCACUAUUCCGACCACCUUUAAGCAACAGAGCUACGUUAAGUACGCCCUCAGUUUCGAACCUGAUCGAUUCAGCACUCAAAUUCAGCUGCGUUUCCGCACUCGAGAGCAACAUGGCGAACUGUUCCGCGUCAGUGAUCAGCACAACAGAGAAUAUGGCAUUCUGGAAAUUAAGGAAGCCAGGCUGCACUUCCGUUACAACUUGAACUCUCUACGAACGGAGGAGAGAGAUCUCUGGCUCAAUUCGGUGACCGUUGACGAUGGUCAGUGGCAUGUUGUGAGAGUGAAUAGAUACGGAUCAGCGGCGAUGUUGGAAUUGGAUGGCGGUGAAGGCAGACGAUAUAAUGAGACGUUCGAAUUUGAUGGACACCAAUGGCUGCUGGUGGACAAGCAAGAGGGUGUCUAUGCUGGUGGAAAGGCAGAAUAUACUGGAGUUCGGACGUUCGAAGUGUACGCAGAUUACCAGAAAAGCUGUUUGGAUGAUAUCAGGCUCGAGGGAAAGCAUCUUCCGCUGCCGCCGGCCAUGAAUGGAACUCAGUGGGGUCAAGCGACAAUGGCGAGAAACUUGGAACGCAAUUGUCCGUCAAACAAGCCAUGUGCCAACGUUAUCUGCCCAGAUCCGUUCGAAUGUGUCGAUUUGUGGAAUGAAUACGAGUGCACUUGCGGCGAGGGGCGCAUAAUGUCACCAGAUGGAAAGGGCUGCAUUGAUCGCAAUGAGUGCAUCGACUUGCCCUGCCUCAAUGGUGCCACAUGCAUAAAUUUGGAGCCGAGGCUGCGGUAUCGCUGCAUAUGCCCCGAUGGCUUCUGGGGUGAAAAUUGCGAACUGAUCCAGGAGGGUCAGACACUGAAGCUGAGCAUGGGCGCUUUGGCAGCCAUCCUUGUGUGUCUACUAAUAAUUUUGAUCUUAGUCCUCGUGUUUGUGGUGUACAAUCGACGGCGAGAAGCUCACAUCAAGUAUCCGGGACCUGAUGACGAUGUCCGGGAGAACAUCAUCAAUUACGAUGACGAGGGUGGCGGCGAAGAUGAUAUGACAGCCUUCGACAUAACUCCCCUGCAGAUCCCAAUAGGAGGCACAAUGCCGGAGCUGACGCAGUGCAAGAUGCCAAUUAUGUAUCCCGUGAUGACAAUUGGACCUGGACAAGAGCCAAAUGUGGGGUUGUUCAUUGAGGAGCACAAAAAACGCGCUGACAGCGAUCCAAAUGCACCACCAUUCGAUGAUCUUAGGAAUUACGCCUACGAGGGUGGCGGAAGUACAGCAGGUUCGCUGAGUUCUCUGGCGUCUGGAACGGACGAUGAGUGUCACGAGUAUGACUAUUUGGGCGCUUGGGGGCCCAGAUUCGACAAAUUGGCCAACAUGUACGGCCCGGAGCACGAGACGGAGCUCGAUGAAAUGUAAUUAGUUGUCCCCCGAUUGUGGCCAAAAUUGCAGCAGAUCAGCCCCAAAAACAACCAAAAAGUCACCGUCAACCACACAUGAGAGAAAGCAGAGCCAUUAAUUACGAGUUUCUGAGAGAUGUCGACUGAAUGAUGUUGUGUGAAUGUGGAAAAAAGCUCAUGUUAAGUUUCUUCCUACACUUUUAUCGCCGUAUUCUCGACUGACAAAGAAAUUGUGCAACAUUUCACAAACACACACAUAAACACUACAUGAAAUUAUAGUUUUUAAGUUGAGGCGUUGUAAAGUUUAAGUUGAUGAAUCUUAUGUGCUCUCUUUGAAGACUUUUUAUAUUAGGGUAGUUUUAAAGCAAGAUAUAAAUGGGAAUUAAUAUCAAAGACACUGAAAUAUUUAUCAACGAUUUCACGUGUGCGAUUUUUGUUCAGUUUAUGACAUUGGGAUCUCUUCCCAAGAGGAGUCGAGCAUUUUGAGAUUUCCAGUGAUCUCGAGCAAUUCUUGCCAUUUUUUGUAAACUUACAUACAUAUUAGAGGCAGAAUAUACAAUAUUUUGUUUCGUUUUUACGGUACAACAGCACCUUCCCAAGAAGGGCAGGUGCACGACAAGACAUUUACAAAUAUUUAUAUAAAUUAUUGAGUAACUUACCGAUAUCUAUAGCAGAACAGAUAGAUCUUAACAAUCACGUCACUGUGGUCAUUUGAAUGGGAAUUCAGAAGAUGAAGCAUUUACCCAUAGAAAGAAAUAAACCCAGUUGGUUGAGAAUCUCAAAAAACGUACAGAGGAAUCACGUGAAAACGAAUAUAUAAUUUAGUAUUUUUCAAGUAUGAUAAAGGUAAAUAAUUGUAAUAUCCAAAGACUGGUUUUUCAUUUAAGCAACUUAAGUAUAUGAAAAGUAUAUAAUAUUUAAAUGAGAAAAUUUAUUGUAACUCAUUGAUUAACUAGUUAAAAGAAAAUGACACAUUUGAAACAUAAAACACUCUCAAGCCAUUGUAUGUUUAGGACAUCCAUUUAACAUCGCUACUUCAUUUUCUAGUUUGUAGUUUCCGAAGCGUGAAAACGACAUUAUAAUGUAGAUUGUAUUGUAGAGGAAUUUCACAAGGAGAAACAAUUCAUACACACACACACACACACACACAACAUUUUAGAGUAAAAUUGUAUGAUGAGGCGUUUUAAGAAAAUUGUAGAACAUCUUUGAAGUAUUCUUAAGAAAAUGCCUCUUCUCGAGCUUCUGCCUGAGAUGAGAAGCUCCAAGGCCUAGGGCGUGGCGAUGUAGAAGAGGGACUGCUAAUCCACCAAGAGUCACAAUCUAGUUUAAAACGCGACAUUCGAGCUUAAGACACCCUCAAUAUUUCAUGAUAAUUCACAGGGCUCAUUCUGAGAAGUCCUCGAAAGCCACACAGCUCCUGAUGUACUCUCACCAAGUUGAGAGGAAUAAAAAGAAGUCGAGGGAGCACGGGUGCAAUUAGAAAAGACAGAAGAGUUCUUAAGAGGGAUGAAUAAGGGCACGUGGCAUGAGAUAUCGCCCAAGAAAACUUACCACCACGAUGAUGAUGAAGGCAGGGCAACUUUUAAACGCUCAUUAGUAAAAUUGUUAUGGCAAUUUAAAAAGAGAGACUCUUUUUUCGGUUCGCACCACGGAAAAGUUCAGCAAAUAGGGUGAGCGUGAGUGAAUUUGCGUGAAGAGAGCGAAAAAUUGUUCGUGAAUGACUCGUGAGAUUGAGAUAAAAGCUCAGAAAGACACAUUCAAGAACCAUCAAAAAGCAGUUACUAUGUAAAUACAAAGAAUAUACCUUAGAGCAGAAUAAUGGAGAUUGUAGGAAAUGUCUUUUCGUUAUACUGUAUAAAAGCGAUAUGGGGAAAGACUUAAGAGGAAGUGGCUAGAAUGUAGCAAGACUAAGUGCACAAUUGUAAAUCUUCACUGAUAUCACUCAUACUGGCUAAUUCAUUAUCAUCAAAGAGCAAGUUGGGAAAAAGCUUCACUCAGGGAGCUUCCAAAGCGUCGAGAGAAAAAGUCGUGAGAUAGAACAGAUAUCUUUUGUAUCGUUUCACUCAUAUACAAUAGUUCAACUAUACUUUUCCCUUCAAGAUAACGUGGAAAUAGAGACAUUUUCGCUCUUGUGAUGUGUGUGUUUCAGUUUUCUUCACAUUUUUCCAGUUUUCCUUCUUACUUGACUUGUAUUAUCAAAUUACUAGGACUGUGUACAGAAUAACUUCUAUAAUUUCCUGCCUUCAUUGCUUCAUAUAAUCAAUCCGUUUGCUUGAAUGCUCUUCAAUUGGACAUAAUGUGAAUUUCAUGUAAUUGUAUUGAGGUAUGCGAUCAGAGGACAAACGACAAAGAUACUGUUUCCAAAUGAAAGCUUCAUGAAGACACAAAGCAUAUUUCAAUUUCAAUGGAAGUCUAAUUUUCUCUUUUUUCCACGUCCUUUGUCUCAACAUCGCAUUGACAGUCUUUUAUCCAUGCAUCACAAUUGAGCGGAAAAUGCCCUAUGAAGCCACUGAUUCGAUUUUUAGCACAGGGAAAAGUGAAACUUUCUCUACUCUUUUCAUCUGACACUCUAUUCAACUUCAUCAACAGCAAUUUUUGUACUCUUGUGUCCGUCCUAUAUAGCGAGAGACCUCAUAAAGAUGACUUAUUUCAAUUUCAACAUCCACGAUUCAAGUGUAUUUGAACUCGGUUAGUAUCAUCCAAUUACCGUGGUCAUCUACGAAAUCAAUCCACUACUCAAUAAAAUAUUCUUUCGAAGAUAACGGAGAGAAGAAGCCAGUGCCAAUUAGCAAUGAAGAAGGAUUAAGAAGAUAAUUUAGCAAUUUAGUACCGAUAUAGAGAGUGAGCAUGAAGAACAGACAGAAGAGAUUAAGAAAAAAGUUCGUAGUCGUUAAGUGUUUGCACUUUUCAGAGAGAUUAUAUAGCCCUGCUCCGCAGUAAAGGAAUCUAAUGAUGAAGUAAAGACAUGAGGAUGAAACAAUGAUAUUAAUAAUGUUAGGAAGUGAAGUAAAUGAUGAUGAGUGCGAGAGACUUUAUCCCUAAUUUAUUGUCAUUUUCUCAUUAAAGAAAGAUAAAGUGUAAAAUUUCAUAGUCACAAAUUGUUUUUGUGCUCUUAACAAGUAAGAAAAUGAUCUAAACGCAAUUUUAAAUCUAUAUUCAUAAGUAUUUUAAGAGAGGGUUAUAAUAAAAGGAUGCCCAAGAGACACUAUUCUACAGACAAACCGUAGGAAAAGCGUCAGGUGUGUGUAUAAAAAUGCAAGAAAUGACUUUUUUAUUUGGAAUCCAAAGAUUAAUCUAUAGAAAUGAGAAUCAUAAGAAGUAAAAAUUAGAGAUAAAUUAUUGAAUUGAGAGAAAGAAUGAAUGAAGGAAAAUUAUAUAUAAAAAACAGCAAGUAUUAAUCUCUCCUAAAAAGAAAGAAAUAGAGAGAUGUGUAAAAGCUGGAUAAGGAAGUGAAUUUAGAAAUAUUGAUAAAUUACUAUGAAUUCAAAAAAUACCGUAGCUUAUAUGAAAACCAACAUUGCAUGAACACGAUAUAAUCUUCACACAGAUUAUCGCGAGAGAAAAAUUGUAGUUUUGGCGCGAAGAGAUUUUCUUUUUCAUCAAUUAGUAAUAGCAGAUCACUUGAAACAUGAUGAGCUUUCUAUGGAAAAUUAAAUAAAAUCAUAUAUUAAAAAACUUCCUCAGAAAAAUGUCACGCUAUCGUUCUCAUUUUAAUGUUUUUCGAUUGAACUUUUUUUGAGCUGCUAUUGUUUUCUGUGCGUAAUUAACUGAGGAAAAUGAACACAAACCAAUAGAGAAAAAUGCAAUCAAAUUACUUGUAACCAUUUUUUUCUCCAGUUCCCUUUUUUCCAGCUAUGUUCCUUUGGGAGGGAUGUGAGAAAGUUUUUCAAUUAACUCUCCCAAUGAGAAUUUUAGUGUACUACGUUCACUGCCAAGAACAUUCUGUAUUCAGACAAAGAGUUACAAUUUUGAGAUUUUUCCGUUGUUUUCUGUAAAAGCAUAAGCAAAAUACAUGGCAAAUGCGAUAAAAUCAUAACAAUUUAACUUAUUUACAGUAUCAUAAAGUCUUUACUGAAUCCCUUUCUCAGAAUUUAAUUUUAGAGAGUCAAAACAGCAAUUUUCACAUAACAAUGAAGAAGAACUGCAAUUGAUCGUAAUUGCUCUUUUUUACUUGUCAAUUAUCUAAUAGGUAAUUAAAUCCAUAAAUCAUAACAAGUCCCAUAAAGAGAACAACUAUUCAAAGAAAAUUUUUUCAUCCCAUUUAACAACUUUAAUGAUAAUGCGCUGAAAGACAAACAGGCGCAAUAUAAUAUUCCAAUGUAUAUUAAGGAAACAAGCGAAAAAUACUGAAGAGUAAUUUAGUUAAAAUUUACCCUUUUAAAAAAAAUUGCAUGUGGCCAUUUUUCAUGAUAUUCUUUUCCUUCCCGUGGAAAAUAAGUCAUAUCCAUUCACUCCUCAACACUGUCAUACAUUCACACAUUAGAGAAGGCUGCGUCGGUAGUGAGAGCUUUCGACGCUUCGGCCUACUAGGCGCCUCUACCUGUGCACGUGAGUGUGUCAUUUGUAGACAAAAGUAAUAAGAAAUUCAUUGGUGAAAAAAAAACACGAUGCAAAAUAGAAAAGGAUAAUCAAUUAAUUGAAGUAAUUAAAUAUAAAUUAAAGAGAAAAUUUAUAGAAAAAUAUUGAAAGAGGAAAUUAAACUGAAAAGAUAGACGUGAAAAAAUAUACCUACCAUUAUAAAGUAGUGACGACAAAUUUCUUGAGUUCCCACAGAUUGAAUUUAAAUAUAAAAAAUGAAUGGAAACCCUGCAUAAAUAAAGAUAUUAGUAGAUAUAUACAAUUUUUUACAUUUUGAAAAAUCUAAUUGACUAAUUGUAAAGAUAGAGAGUGACGAAUGAUGACGAAGAUAAAGAUGAAAAGUGGAGGAAAAGUAUUUACAAAAAAAAAUUAGCGUUUUUGUGUUUGAAUCUGUGAUUAUUUUGUAAUAAAUAAUAAUGUCUCAUUACAUGUAUUAUGUUUCAAGAUGAUAAAGA